CAAGCACAAGACAUAUCUCUACAGUUACAUCAAAACACCACACAUCACACAAACACAAAAUGUCGGACAACACCCAGCAACCCUCUCUCAUCGGCGGCCACGCUCAAUACGUCAAGGGCGCAGCAGAGGGAGUCAUCGGCAGCGUAACCGGCAACGCAGCAUGGCAGCAAAGCGGCGAGACCGACAAGCAAGGCGGCAUUGACGCCAUGAAGUCGGCAAGCCAAAACCGCGACCCCGCCACCGAUGGCUACGGCAAGGUUGAAGAGGUGGCCGGAAAGCUUUCUGGUUGUGAGGGUAUGGAGAAGGAGGGUGCUCAGAGCAAGAAGGAGUAA